UCACUUAAAUGGCCGCCGGUUACUUGUUUUCCAGGUUCCUCCCCUCUCGCGUCCCCAUGAGUGAACCUCCUCCCUCUGCAUUAAUGUGUUUAUAACGAAGCCGCGCUCCCCCGACAGAUAACGUUUACGGGUGGUUUUCCGCGCUCCUCUGGGUCAACACCGCCUUCCCCUGGAGAUAACGCGCCUCGCACAGAUGUUUGCUCCCCGCUCGCGAUCGCUUUUUUUUUUUUUUUUUUUUUUUUGCACGAGCGCAAACACGACAACCCCCGACCCGAGAACUCAGCCGGUCUCACGCCGGCGCCGAUCGGAGCAGCAGGUUCUUUUUGUUGUUCUCGCCCCCCCCCCAACGAAGAUGAAUCUCUCGACGUCCGACGAGUGCUGCGCCUUCGAGUCUCCCGCCCUGGACCGGGCCCUGCCUCCGAUUCUGAUCCUGGAGUUCAUGUUGGGCCUGAUGGGGAACGUGGUGGCCCUGUGGAUGUUCAUCUUCCACAUGGACACGUGGAAGCCCAACGCCGUGUACCUGACCCACCUGGCCGUGGCCGACUCCAUCGUGCUGUUCUGCUUGCCCUUCCGGGCCGACUACUACCGGCGGGGGAAGGACUGGAUCCACGGCGACGUCCCGUGCCGCCUGCUGCUUUUCCUGCUGGCGGCCAACCGCGCGGCGGGGAUCUUCUUCCUCACGGCCGUGGCCGUCGACCGGUACUUCAAGAUCGUCCACCCGCUGAACCGGAUCAACCGGAUGGGCCUGGGCUACGCCCUCUGGGUCUCCCUCGCCCUCUGGGGUCUGAUCUUCUUCGCCACCGGGUAUCUCCUCGCCGACGAGCACUUCUUCUACAACGGCAACCGGACGCAGUGCGAGAGCUUCAACAUCUGCAUGGGCUUCAGCCCCCUCGCCACCUGGCACAACACCUUCUACGUCACCCAGUUCUUCCUGCCCACCGUCAUCGUGGCGUUCUGCACCGCCCGCAUCGCGUGGCAGCUGCGGGUCCGCACCCUGGACAAGCAGGGGAAGAUCAAGCGGGCCGUUCAGUUCGUCUCGGCCGUGGCGCUGAUCUUCAUCACCUGCUUCUUUCCCAGCACCAUAUCGCGCAUCGCCGUCUGGAUCCUGAAGGUGUGGUACGACGAGUGCCGCUACUUCCAGGAGGCCAACCUGGCGUUCUACACCUCGGUGUGUUUCACCUACUUCAACAGCGUCCUCAACCCCGUGGUGUACUACUUCUCCAGCCCGGCCUUCAGCGGCACCUUCGACAAGCUGCUCAAUAAACUGCUGAGGCGGAGCGGAGGCACGGAUCAGACGCCGUCCACCGAGAACGCCGUUUCCACCAUGGACGGGCGAAGGGUUUGAAUCCCACAUGGUGAUGUAAUGAAUGCACCAGCUGGUAGAAUUACUCUUCUCCCAGUUUACACCUAAAAUAAUAAUUAGCAGCUAAUUGCUGUGUACGUGCACACGCAUAACAAAACCCUUGGGAGGGUGUUAAUUAGAGCAAUUAUUUUUAAAUGAUACAAAAUUAUGCUGCACGGUGACCUAAUUUAAUAUGCACUGCAACUAUAUUGUAAAGGCAACACUUUAGGAUGUGUGUAUUUAUCCAGUUUUUCUUUGUACGGUAGUUCAUAUAAUACUUUAAAUAUUCAAUCACUGAUUAUCUGCUAAUGUGGAGAAUAAUAUUUACAGUACAAGUCAGUUAAAGGUUUUAAAGACUCGAUUAAAACAAACUAAACAUCCGAGCAAGUAACUACAACAAAUCAUGUAAAAGCAGUAUAUAUAUAUAUAUAUAUAUUUUUUUGUUCUUUCAUUUCUGUCGUCUCAUUCUUUGUGCAGAUAUUUUCUAAUAUUUGUAUCCUGUUUAGUUUUCUGUAAAUAAAUUAAAUGUUUUAAAUCGCCAACAAAAAUCACCUAUUAGUGUUUGUGUCAUUUUCAUUGAACACAAAUAACACAAAUGUGCAGAGAAUACAUGCAUAAAAAAUUAAGUUAUUUAAAAAAAUAAAUCAAAGAGGAGCAAGGACUUCUAAAAUAAUGUGUAUAAGUUACACAAGAUACAAAGUUUUUACCAACAAAUAUUUCUUGAUGUUUGUAAUACUUUUUCUUUAGUGAUUAUUUUUAAUAAUUUGAAAAAAACAAAUGAGGGGUUACUAUUAUUCCACUUAUGGGUAAAUAUAUUCAUUGUAUAAGAUUAAUGUCCUUAUUGUCCUUCACACAAUAAAAAGUCCUUAUUUUGAGA